AGGACAAUAAUAUUCUUGUAACUUGUAUUGCGGGUGGCCUUAAGUAAGCGUGUCUGAUUCUAAAUUGUGUCAGUGGUCAGGGCAGAACCCUUGCACGACUGGUCACUGGCUGCUCGAAGACUGGCUGGCCAAGGAACGCCUGCAAAUGACACGUGUCACCCACAUCCGCAGACAAAGCUCUCUGGGAAAGAGAGUCCACGCGCUAAAUAAUUCAAGUCCGUUCUCUUCGCUGUGAACAAGAUGCCAGCCGUCCAUACGUUGCUUUUAGAAGAGGCUUUGCAGGACAGUCCUCAGACUCGCUCCUUGCUCAGUGUGUUUGAGGAAGAUGCAGGGACUCUCACAGACUACACCAACCAGCUGCUUCAGUCCAUGCAGAGGGUGUAUGGAGCCCAGAGUGAGAUGGGAUUGGCUACAGAACAGCUGUCCAGACAGCUACUGGAGUAUGAGAAGCAAAAUUUUGCCCUUGGUAAAGGUGACGAGGAGGUGAUCAGCACACUGCAGCAAUUUGCAAAAACUGUGGGGGAGCUGAACACACUACACUCAGAGCUGGCCACUCAGAUGGCUGACAGGAUGAUCUUUCCCAUGAUCCAGUUCAGAGAGAAGGAUCUUACAGAGAUAAGCACAUUGAGAGAAAUAUUUGGUAUCGCCUCUGAUGAGCAUGAGGCUGCCAUGGUCAAGUACAGCAGACUGCCCAAGAAGAAGGAGAAUGAGAAGGUGAAAGCUGAAUUGGUGGGGGAGGUGGCCUACUCCAGGAGGAAGCAGCACCAGGCCUCCAUGCAGUACUAUUGUGCCCUCAACGCCCUGCAGUACCGCAAGAGAGUGGCCAUGCUGGAGCCCAUGCUUGGUUACACACAGGCCCAGAUCAACUUCUAUAAGAAAGGCAUAGAUCUAGUUUCAAAGAAAAUGGACAGCUUCCUGGGGUCAGUGUCCAGCAUGACCCAAAAUAUCCAGGCUCAGUUGGACUCAGAGGCUGAGGCCAUGCGUAUGACCCAGAGAGAGCUGCUCUCCAUGGAGGACACGGUCUACAUGCCUGACCGCGACCCCGCCCCUGUCAACCGCACUCUCAUACAGAAGGCAGGCUACCUCAACAUCAGGAAUAAGACGGGCCUAGUCACCACAGCCUGGGACCGGCUUUACUUCUUCACCCAGGGAGGGAACCUCAUGUGCCAGCCGAGAGGGGCAGUGGCAGGGGGCAUGGUGCUAGACCUGGAUAACAGCUCUGUCAUGGCCGUAGAGUGCGAGGACAGACGCUACUGUUUUCAGAUCACCUCCCCCAAUGGUAAAACGUCAAUGAUUUUACAAGCAGAGAGCAAAAGGGAAUAUGAAGAAUGGAUUUGCACUUUGAACAAUAUCUCCCGACAGAUCUACCUGACUGACAACCCUGAGGCAGUGGCCAUCAGACUGAACCAGACAGCCAUUCAGGCGGUCACUCCCAUCACCAGCUUUGAGAAGAGAGGAGAGGGCUCGCCCAACCCAGACAGGGCUAAGCCAGGUGGGAUGCAGUCCUCUAGCGGUGCAUCCCAGAAGACCUCUAGUGCUCCUGAGCCAGAGGACCUGAUAGUUCCCGGGACACCCAUCCAGUUUGACAUCAUGUUGCCUGCCUCGGAGUUCCAGGACCAGAACAGGGCUGGAGGGAGGCGUACAAACCCUUUCGGAGAAACAGACGAUGACCGCUCCCCUGAAAGCGACGACUCCCUGCUGCAGCAGGUGUUUGCAGUGCGGUUCCUGGGCUCCAUGGCGGUGCGUUCGGGACAAACCCAGGAAGUGAUCUAUGAGGCCAUGAGACAGGUGCUGGCGGCACGAGCCAUCCACAACAUCUUCAGAACCACAGAGUCCCAUCUCAUGGUCACGAGCAGCUGUCUCAGGUUGAUUGACCCCCAGACACAAGUUACAAGAAUCGGUUUCCAGCUACAGGAGGUGACCCAGUUUGUGGCCCACCAGGAGAACGGCAGGCUGAUGGGCUUUGUGGUGGAGGGGCGAGACUGGAGCGAGGAUGACGAGGAGGGAGAGCCCUCCUUUAGUGCGUUUGUCUUUGAGAGCAACACAGAGGGGGACAAGAUAUGUUACACAAUAAGCUUGGGGAAGGACAUUAUGGAGGCAAAGAAGGACCCAGAGGCUCUAGUCCAGCUGUUGAAGAACAUGCCUCUGACCAACGAGGGCAAGUUCCUCCUGCUGGACAACGAGACAGGCAACACGGCUAACGGAGGCGCACCGGAUGAGGAGGAGUCUGAGGCCUAGCCAGGCCUGGGGGAGGGUCUGAGGUUCCCCCAACAAACACCUCCUCACGUGGGGUUUCGGUGUUCUCAUGAGUGCUGACUCUAAUCUGGUACUAACUGUUGACCACUUGACCAGGAAAAACCCCUGGGUCUAUAUGGUGUAUCCCUUAUGACCACAAGAGUUACGUACAGGUACUUAUACAAAGGGACAAUGUUUAGGUUUACUAUUUACGUUAUUUCACUCCUUUUCACUGGUGGAAUGAAUAUCCUCAGCCACCCUGUCAGUUUAAACCGGGACCUCCAACACUUAUACACUUACAUUUCAUAACUUUGAGUUUAGUGGUACCAUUGUGUCUGUGCUGCAGUAGAAGUAUUGUGUAGAGAUGGAUGGCCAUGACAUCUUACUUUUCAGCAGCACUUAAUAUACAUCUAUCAUUCCUAUAGGACAAUAUUGCACUUCCAAGGUUUCUAUUUAAUCAAAGGCUUGAUGUCUGUAGUAGAAUGCACUAACUUCAGAUGUUGUCUGGCAGCAUUCUAAAGUAAUGAAAAGGAAAGGGUUUUAGGCCAAUCGGAUUGCGUGUCCCCCCAUGUUGGCCGACAUCCACAUAGCAUGUUAGAUAACUUGUAACGCGGCUGCAUGGAAUUUGUCAGAUAUAAAGUUGGGUGUUUACUUCAUUGCAUUCCAUGGCAGUGUCUGCGAUAAGGUAAUGCAAGGAGCCGCUUGUGGAUAUGACAGCUGUAACGUAUUUCCACCUCCGACACCAUCAAAACAACUGCUAUUCGGAGGACGGCUUGCACAGAUCUGAUAGAAUCGAGCCCUUAAUUCUAUUGGCUUCAUAGAAUUGAAAAUCGAAACAAAACACUAAUGGCAAAGGGGAAAUCACUGAUGCAUUGCAUUUUCGAUCGAGAAUUGCAUUCCUGCGUGUAUAUUCUCUUAGCCCUGAUUAACCUGCAAUACUAAACGUCAUGUAUGUGCGGUUUCUGAAUGUAAGAUGUUUUUGUAAUGUGGAAUAAUAAAGACAAUAGGUUAAAGCUUGACUUUGCGUUGACCGCGAGGUCAUUCAGUGUUGACCAAGAUGUUUGCUUGCAUGCCGAGAUGAUUGGCAACUUUAAAACCGCUUUUACAGAGUUUUGUCUGAGUAGGAGUUUUUCUUAGUUGGUCAUAUUUUAAGGCCUAACAUACCGACCAGACCACUUGCACGCAUGUUGAUUUUGACCACCCACACCAGACUCGAUCAGGGCAUGCAGGUUGAAAUAUCAAAACAAACUCUGAACCAACUGUAUUGACUUGGACAGGUUGAAAAGCAUUAAACAUUUAUGGCAAUUUAGCUAGAUAGCUUGUUGUUGCUAGCUAAUUUGUCCGGGGAUAUAAACAUUGUUGUUAUUUGACCUGAAAUGCACAAAGUCCUCUACUCUGACAAUUAAUCCACAGAUAAGGGUAAACCGAGUUUGUUUCUAGUAAUCUCUCCUCCUUCAGGCUUCUUCUUCUUUGGACUUUAUAUGGCGGUGGACAACCAACUUUAAGGUGCGACAUGAGCAGUGUGGUCAGAAUGUAAUUCAGUUCCCUCCUUUUCCCUCAAGGGCUUUUAUGACAUUCUGUUUAAAUGGCUGUCUAUAGACAGAGUUGGUUUUGCAUUCCUGCAUUGUUUACUCAUUAAACCACGAAGGAGUCAUUUUAGGGUCAAAUUCUAAAUUGUAUGUAAAUCAAUUUUUUACUUUGUCAUGCAUUGAUGUCGAUGAGAGACUAAGUGAAAAUUUGACUUAAACGGACGUUAGGAUUCUUCCCCUAGAGAGGAUCCAUCUUCUGUAAUCCUCCUUAGUGUCUGCCCUUCAUGUUGCUGCAACUCCCUUGUGUUCCCUCUGCUUUCUAAGUCAAAUGUACUGUCAGGGAAAACAUAUACAAGCCAUCUGGAAAAUGUACUAAAAGUGGCAAGUGCAUUGUUCUCCUUUGCUGGAAUUUCUCUUUUGUAAAUGACCUUUGGCUGUAUAUGACAGUGUGUUCACUUCCCAUAAGGCUUUACACUUUAGGAAACGUUAACAUUCAAUCUUUAAUAAAAAUAGAAGUGACAUUU